AUGCUUCAGCUUUGGAAACUUGUUCUCUUGUGUGGCCUGCUCACUGGGACCUCAGCAUCUCUUCUUCAUCUUGGCGAUGACCUGCAUGGUGUCGUGGACAAGCUGACACCUGUUCUUGAUAAGGGACUCGAGACAGUUGACCAUGCCUUGGACAAGCUGACACCUAAAGUAAAGGUCGACUUGAAGGUGCUACAGAAUUCCAGUGCUUGGAAACUGGCCGUAAAUAAGAUCCAGGAAGCUCAGAAACUAAUAGACAAUGUCUUUUCUGAUUCCCUUCCAAGUUUGGAGAAGAGCUUGGGGUUGAAAACCAAAAACUUCCUCAUCCUGGAUAUCAAACCCCAAGUGACUGCUGAUGGCAAUAAAUUUGCCCUGAGGAUCCCCGUCAUCGCCAAUCUCACUUUGGACCUGCCCAUACUUGGCCAGAUCAUCGACCUGCAGGUCUCCUUGGACUUCCUGACUGGAGUCACAGUUGAAAUUGAUCCCCAGACCAAAGUGCCCAGGCUGAUCCUGGGAGAAUGCGCCGUUGACCCAAACAGCAUCUCAUUCUCCUUGAUGGACAGACGCAGCAAAUUAAUCAACAAUGUUGUGGACGCAAUCACUGGAACCCUGAAUAAUGCUGUGCCCUACAUAAUGCAGAAGGAUGUAUGCCCGCUGAUCCAUAUCCUCCUCCGCGACUUGAAUGUGGACGUGAAGUAUAUUCAUGACCUCAUGGGUAAGGAUGCUGUGGACAAAGUGAAGAUCCAUAAUCUUCAACUGCUCAAAGUGUCCAUGAAGGUCACCCAAUCCGGAGGGGAGGGAGAGCUGCGCGUACCCCUGGCAUUUGGUUUGACUGUGAACCCCCCACUCUUGAAGCCUUUCACAGCUGAUGUGCAAGGAGACCUGGGACUCCAGGUUCGUGUGGAGAUGAAUCCCGAUGGCAGCCACCGAUUUGUUCUCGGAAACUGCAGGACCUCACCUCAGUCCAUACGGAUCCAAUUUAGAGAAUCGUGA